CCCAAGCGUUUGCAAGGAAAGGUUUAACAUAAUUUGUUUUGAUUUCAAUUCCAAAAGAAAAUGAUUUCACUAAAAAAUUGUUCAAGGAUUUUAUCUUUGGGUUUUAUUUAUAAUUUCUCAGAGUGAAAAUUCAUUGGGUGUUCUUUAUGAUAUCAAGCCUGUUGGCCACGCUUCAAGUUGGACUAUGAAAAUACCUUGAUGCAGAGUUUGUUGGAAGUGAAGACUGAAGUGUCAUUGCUGACGAAAGAAAUAAAGGAUCUUAAGGAGACAAAAAUUAAUGAAAACAGAACGAACAACAGCGUUUCUACAACAAAUAUUUUGAAGACUUUGCUUGAAUUGCAGAAUGGUGUGGCAGCACAUGCGAAAGAAAUUGAUGAACUAAAACGCAGCGACCGUAAAACAGUAGCAUUUAUGGCACAGCUGACUAAACACAUGGUGAAUCCACGACAACACACGGUCGUUGUAUUUGAUGCGGUUUUAACAAAUGUUGGGGGUGCUUACAAACCGAGUUCUGGAGUUUUCCUGGCACCUGUUAACGGAACAUACACGAUACAUCUUGUUGCAAGUUCAUCACCAAAGUCAACAUCUGAAUAUCUUCACUUGUACAUCAUGCACAACAUGCUGAAAGUUGGUUACAUUUUCUUGGACCAAAUUCCUGACCGUGCGUUAAUUAGAUCCACGUCUAUUGUCAUACAACUACGUGCCGGGGACACCGUGUUUGUUAAAAUUGGAAACCCCAACCCGAAAGGAACGCUCUUAGGUUCUAACUUUCAUACAGUCUUCAGUGGUUUCCUGAUCAAUUGAUUUUUUCUUUCAAAGUAAACUUUCUAGAAAAAGUGUCAAAUUGAAAUUAUUUUAUAUUCCUUCUUUUGUUACAAUGCUAUAAUCAAAUUGUA